AUGUUAAGAAGUAAGUGUUUUUGUCUUUCAAAGCAUUCUUUAUCUAAUUUUUGUGUUUUUCGAAUGGUUACUGUCAAAUUAAUUUAUAAAAAGUAUGGUGAUUAGUUCAAUCAUGAAGAAAAUUCGUAGUCUGUUCAAUGUUUUAUUGUUUUCCGGUCAACUUGGUUGUUAAAACAGUAGGUAAAAAGGGUUUUACAAGCUGUGAUGAAGAUACUGCAAGUUGACCGGCAAUACUUAAGACAACUGAUUAGGGAGUUUAUUGUAACUCUAUGUAAGUUAUCUUAGAGCUCAGUAACAUUAUGAUUUUGUUUAAUUUAAGGUAGUUUUUAGAAUUUCAAAGGUUUUAAAUUAAAAUUAACGAUAUUGUUUUAGGUGUAGUAACACUAAUAUGGAUAACAUGCUUCCUGCCUUCGGCGUUCUCGCUAACGCAACCUGAUGGUACUGACAUGUGCGCAAAGCAUUGUAAGUUUUUUUUAAUUUUAUUGUUUUUGGUUUUUUAGGUAGUAGUUUUGUUCUGGCGAAGAAAGUAUUAUUAUAAUUGGCCAUCAGAUGGUUAUGUAUGUAUAAUUCAACUUUUUGAUCCUUAAAAGCUUUGGAACUUGGUGAAAAGAUUAAAAAUAGUUAUAAGAGACAUUUGACGACGAUAUAAGAGAACUUAAAUCAGUUUUUAUUUUAAUAUAGCGUUUGUGUGAUCAAUUAUGUUUCAGUGACUGUGGGAGAAUCAAUGUUUGUUGCUUCAACUGGUCGAUAUCAGACGAAGUUGUUCAAGUUUCAACUUAGCCAGCCGGACUACAUGUUUCCAUUUGCUGAUGCUCACUUUAAAUUGGAUCAAGUGCCAUCAGAUUUGCAUCUGAAUCUGUGGUCAUCGUGUGAAGAUUACAAUAAGGAUGAAUCUCAAUAUAGUCUGUCGAAUAUCAUUGAAUGGUUGUUCACUAACCGUAAAUCAAAUGUGAUUCCGGCUAUGAAUGGCAUCGUUGGAGUGUCUACAGCAAGGGAUUAUACUAUCAAUGUGGAAUAUGAUGGUACGUUGUGGUGGUGAUAUUGUUUUAGGUGGAUUUUGGUGUAAAAGAUUGUUUUUAAAGUUUAAAUGAUAUUUUUCCAUUUUUUUAAAAUGUUUUGACGUAUAAAAAACAAGACUUGUUUGUGUUUUGAUGUAAAAACGGUGUUAUCAACAUUAAUUUUGAUGUUUUAGUGGUAAACCCAGCCCGAUUUGGAAUGUAUAUCGCAGCCUGUGCCUUAUUCUUGCUGGCCAAGGAAAUUUGUCAUCGUACUGUGUCAGUAUACACCUCAUCAGCAUUUAUUGGAGUAUUUGCAUCAAUUAUCGUGCUAGCACUCUUCCUACGACGGUUCCUCCCAAGAUCAAUAUUAUUCAUCCCAAUGGAAUGGUUCAUAUGGCCUGCCAUUUCCUACGCCUACUACUAUGGCUACUCGAACAUCUACGAGCUAGCUUUGCAUCACUACAAGUUUUUGGCCGCAUAUAUUGUAGUAGCGGCGGUGUCGUCGGUUACGAUAUGUUAUGUUAGUGGAGUUAGCCAGAAUGUUAGACUGAGGAACGUGUUUCAGUGGAUGUUGCAGGCAAUUGCGGUUGGAAUAUUGUUUUUGGCGUCAAGAUCGGCAGUGUUUUCGAUUGGCACAAUAUUGGUGUUGGUUACGACUGUUAAUGGUACGGUUAAAGCUUAAAGUAAGGGUGGAAGAGGUGGAUUUUUUGAGGAAAAAAUGUGUUUUUGUGGGAUAAAUUAAGGUUUUUCGAUAUUUUCAGUUAAUUAUUGAAAUAUAAGAGGUUUUUUGCUUUUUGGACAUCAAAGGUUUUGCCAAAAUUCGUCUUUUCAAUUUCAAAAAGUUUAUCAUUUUAGUUAAAAACAUUGAUUUAUGGGUGUUUUUGCUUAUUUGUAGAGGUUUAAAAGGCUUUUUCUGAUUUAAAAAUUAAAUUUUUAAAAGUUUUGUGUAUUUUAUUAUAUUUACCAUUCAAUUUUAGUACUAAACAGUACUAAAGCUCAAUUUACAGGAGCUCACAAGCUGGUUUUUGGAGCAGGAAAGAAGCUUGGCAGUGUUGUCUUCAAGCCAAAGCCAGUUCAUAAAAUGUAUACUGAAGAGGAAUAUCAACAACAAAUGGAAGAAACAACGAAAGCAGAACUAGAAAAGUUGAGGGUUUAUUUGGCCGAGAAUUGUCGUCAGUUGAACAGUAAAACCACUCCGUUGAGGAAGAUCAGGGCUAGAGAUGCGUAGGUUUUAAAUUUUUUUAUUAAAAUUUUUUUGAGUAGGGCACAUUGCGUGCUUUAUGUGAUAGUUAAACUUUCAUUUGUCUUGGCUAAUCAUUUUUUAAUUUCAGAGUUGGCAGCUUCAUAGUAUCAGGCAGCGACGUCUCCAUGGCCUCAUUCCAAGAACACAACCGAACCUUUGGCAACGACGAAUUCAGCGAUGAUAAUUCGACUGACGAUAGUGACGAUGAAAUCUCAUCACCUCCAAAAGACAGUGCAGACUACUCGGCCGACUUUACAGAGGAUUCAGACACAGCACCAUCAACUUAUGGCUGGCGACGAGAGAUUAUCAACGCUUCACCAAGCCCAAAACGCUCACCAUGGAGGCAAAACAGUCGAGAGUUCUCCAGAAUUGGUCGAUAA